AUGCCUCGCGGACGCCGUUCUGUUCCUUCUGACCUUCAUGACACAUCUGGUAGCAAUGCCGUUCGCCCAACUAGAUCAGCAUCAUCCCGGCCAACCAUUGAUGACGAAAUAGUCGUUUCUGGCGACUCGCCACUGGCAGUCAAAAGGCCUCGAGGAAGACCAUCUCGUGCCUCUCUCCUGGCGAGUAAUGCCAAUUCUGCCGCUUCUUCGCCCGCUCCCCGCAAUGAAGCAAAACCACGACGUGGUAGAGCUUCAGCAAUUGGCAGCACCUCCGGCUCAUCGGUCCCUACACCACAAGAACUAUCAUCUGAUGGCGAAUACUCCACUCCUGCUACUAGCAAGUUUCCUACCCCUCUAGCAGGAGAUGCGUCUGCUUUUGCCAAAGCUUCAGGGCCAGUUUCUUCCCUAGAAGUACGAUUGCCCGCCCGGUCCCAGGCCCAGGAGUCUGAUAGCGACCGAGCACUUCGAAACAGCAUCUACUCCAUGAAAUCGAACAAGGCAAAGAUAUCGGAAAUAAUUGACUCGGACGUUGAAGAUGAUGAUUUUUCCGAAACAGCUCAGGAUGCAAGAACUGCCCGCAGGUUACAGGCAGAAGAGUAUGCAAAGGCUGAUGAUCAGUCUCUACAAGCUUCGUCUCUGCGUAGGAGUAGCCGGGCUGCAGCUACUGAUUUUUCAUCUCCUUUGCCUACUCGAGCUGCUCCCAAAAGAGGCAGAGCUUCAACGGGCUCGUCCAAGCAGUUAGCUCCACCAGCAAAAAAGAGCAGGAUCAUUCCAGAUUCCGAUGACCUUCCUACGUCUGACAUUGAUAUGGACGCGGAACUAGCAGCUGCCGUCGCACUAGAGAGUGAACUCUCUGAUCCUCCUGAUCUUUCGGAAGAUGAGGCAUCUUUCGUGGACUCUGACGAAUUGAGCGAAGUUGAACAGUAUAAAGACAGCGAGGACGACGCGUUGGGUUCUUUCUCCGAUGACGAGCCACUUUCAGCUAAGAAGAAGGGUAAGCAGCCAGCAAGGCCGAGAGCCCAAGCGUCAAAGGCCAAAGCACCAGCCAGACGACAACGAGUUCCAGCAGCCGCUUCGAGUUCCAAACGCAAGGCUUCCAGAGCUCGCCCGCCUGCAUCCGUCGUCGUCAAGGACUCGGACGACGAAGACGAUGCGGACGAGAUCGCUAGUAUCGUCUCGGAAAUGAGCACGAUCUCUUCCAUCCCCACUGGCCUGAACUCUUCCAACUCUAGCGAAGGUGAAGAAGGUGUGUCGGAACUGCGGAGGAUUGCAGCCAAUCGUCGAGCAUACAGAUCAGGUAACAAGAGACGCCUCAAGAAGGAACGUGAUAGGCUUGAGAAUCACCACCCCGAAAUUGUCACCAUGUGGGAAGAUUUGGAGAAGAUGCCCGUUCUCAGGGUUGGCAUGGAUGCACAGCCGCAAAGCAUAUCAAGGCAGUUGAAGCCAUUUCAGUUAGAGGGCUUGGCUUGGAUGAAGGAAAUGGAGAGGAGAGAAUGGAAAGGUGGCUUGCUGGGCGAUGAAAUGGGCUUGGGCAAGACUAUUCAAGCUGUGUCACUCAUCAUGUCGGAUUAUCCAGCCAAGGAGCCGUCACUGGUUCUCGUCCCGCCAGUCGCUCUGAUGCAAUGGCAGUCAGAGAUCAAGUCAUACACGGACGGUACUUUGAAGACUUUCGUCUUUCACGGUACCAAUCAGAAGGCCAAAUCUAUUACGGUCAAAGAGCUCAAGGCGUACGAUGUCAUCAUGAUGUCGUACAACAGCUUGGAGUCGAUGUACCGGAAGCAAGAGAAAGGCUUUAAACGAAAGAAUGGUAUUCACAAGGAAAAGAGUGUCAUACACUCCAUUCAUUUCCACCGGGCCAUCCUUGACGAAGCUCACAGCAUCAAAACACGAACCACCAUGACUGCUAAGGCGUGUUUUGCGUUGCAGACAACAUAUCGUUGGUGCCUAACUGGAACACCGCUGCAAAAUCGUAUUGGAGAAUUCUUUUCUUUAAUUCGAUUCUUAAACAUCAGGCCAUUUGCUCUCUACCUCUGCAAACAAUGCCCAUGCUCGACUCUUGAGUGGACAAUGACUGACGACAAUCGCUGCACUCAUUGCAACCAUGCAAACAUGCAGCACGUAUCUGUCUUCAAUCAAGAGCUUUUGAACCCCAUUCAGAAAUAUGGCAACCUCGGCCCUGGUCGAGAGGCGUUCCGCAAGCUGCGGCUUAUGACGGAACGAAUUAUGCUCCGUCGCCUCAAGAAAGACCACACCAACUCCAUGGAGUUGCCCGUGAAAGAAGUUUACGUUGAAAGACAGUUCUUUGGUGAAGAAGAAAAUGACUUCGCCAAUAGUAUCAUGACGAAUGGACAGCGCAAUUUUGACACCUACGUCGCCCAAGGUGUGUUGCUGAACAACUAUGCCAACAUCUUUGGUCUCAUCAUGCAGAUGCGUCAAGUGGCGGACCACCCAGAUUUGAUCCUGAAGAAGAAUGCUCAAGGUGGGCAAAACGUACUCAUAUGCUGCAUUUGUGAUGAACCGGCGGAGGAUACGGUUCGAAGUCGGUGCAAGCAUGACUUUUGCCGAGCCUGUGUUUCUAGCUAUGUCCGAUCGACAGACUCCCCUGACUGUCCGCGUUGUCACAUACCCCUGUCGAUUGAUCUGGAACAACCAGAGAUUGAACAGGAUGAGAACCUGGUCAAGAAGAAUUCUAUCAUUAAUCGAAUCAAGAUGGAGGACUGGACUUCGUCUUCGAAAAUUGAACUUCUUGUCCACGAGCUACACAAGCUUCGCUCGGAUAAUGCAUCUCACAAGUCUAUUAUUUUCUCGCAGUUCACGACUAUGCUGCAGCUCAUCGAAUGGCGGCUACGUCGAGCUGGUAUCACAACUGUAAUGCUGGAUGGCUCAAUGACCCCAGCACAACGCCAGGCUUCCAUUGAACAUUUCAUGAACAAUGUUGAUGUGGAAUGCUUCCUUGUUUCUCUCAAAGCCGGUGGCGUUGCGUUAAACCUCACUGAAGCUUCAAGGGUGUUUAUCGUUGACCCAUGGUGGAAUCCCGCCGCAGAGUGGCAGUCAGCAGAUCGCUGUCACCGUAUCGGCCAAACGCGCCCUUGUACAAUAACCCGUCUUUGCAUCGAAGAUUCGGUGGAAAGCCGUAUGGUCCUAAUUCAGGAGAAGAAGACAAACAUGAUUCACUCGACGGUGAAUGCGGACGACAAGGCCAUGGAGAGUCUGAGUCCCGAGGACAUGCAGUUUUUGUUCAGGGGUACUUGA